CAAUGGCAACAUCCACCAGCCUGUUCACCCGUUUUGACCAGGGGCACCGAGUGUGAUAGCUAGCUAGCUGGCUUUAUGUGUGCCAGAAUUACCGAUCCAUUACCAAGGUUUCAAGAUGGCGUUACAACGACUGACGGCUGUGUUCAUCCUUUACUCGAUUCUCGGCUACAUUCCAUCACGUGGAGUAAUCCUCCGAACCACAGACAAGACUGUGUGGGCAAAUGAAUUUGAACCUAUUGAGUUGACCUGCUUGAUAGAGUCCAUCUCAACAAACAACCCCAGAAUCGAAUGGAAGAAAAUCAAAAACGGUGUCCCUAGUUAUGUGUACUUUCAAAAUCAAAUUUCGGGGGACUUGGAGCACAGAGCCCAGCUGAUCCAGCCAGCCAACCUACUGAUCCUCAACACCAGCCGUGCAGACACUGCAGAGUACCGCUGUGAGGUCGCUGCCAUUGAUGACCACAAACACUUUGAUGAAAUUCUAAUCAGUCUUGCUGUCAGGGUAAAGCCUGUGGUGCCCAGGUGCAGUGUGCCUGUGGCAGUGACUGUUGGCACGUCCUCUGAGCUGCGCUGCCUAGAGAACGAGGGCUUCCCUGCCUCACAGUACCGCUGGUUCCGCAACAACGAGGAGCUUCCCCAGGACCCAAAGAGCAGCCCCAAGUUCAUCAACUCCACCUACUCCAUUAAUGCUGACACGGGUGGUCUGAAAUUCCUCAGGAUGAGGAAGGAGGAUGCGGGGGAGUAUUACUGCCAGGCAAAGAAUGAAGCUGGACAUGCACAGUGUCCCGCACAGCUGAUGGAAGUCUAUGAUGUCGACAUAGUGGGGAUUUUUCUGAAGGUGUUGGCGGCAUUGGCCGGAUUCACUAUUGUGAUGGUGGGGGUUUAUCAUGCACACAAACAUGGCUGCUUCUCCUCCGGCAAGGAUCACACAGGAACCAACUACAAACCGCCAGCGGCAGAUGAUGGUGUUGAAUAUGCCGAAGCAGAUGAGGGUCACUUCCGGCACAAAUCAUCAUUUAUAAUUUGAAAUCUGAGAUAGAAGACCGUCAAGAGGGGAAACACUGAAGAGGAGACACACUGAAGAGGAGACACACUGAAGUCAAAAGUGCAUCAAAUCCCAUAAUAGGGCUUCGUGUGAGAAAUUUGAGCUGUAACAUUGCACAUUCUUUUUUGGUGCGCAUCAACAAUUAACCUACAAGCUUGCCAAAGUUAUCAUCUUGAAAAAGAUCAAUCAUUAUUUCAAAAUUUCUGAUAGGCAAUUGCAACGUCAUGUCCCUGUUAGUACACUGUUUAUUUUUUUUGUAGCACAAAUAUGUUUUUCCUCAGUCGUUAAUGUAACUACAACUACAGUACGAUUUUAAAGCUUUGACAUUUGAACUUCCACUAACAUGUUCAUCUAAACUGAUGCUGGAACAUUCCCCCAUACUGUUUUUGGACAAUGAUUUUUGACUUCCAAACAUUUCUACAAAAUAUACCAAGCCUGUUUUACAAAAACAGCCUUGCAUAGCCUCUGAAUGCAAGAUGGACUGGUUUAUGUUAUUAUGAAGGAAGGUUGUGUCAAUAUAUUUGUUAAUAUAUAUAUACUACCGUUCAAAAGU